AUGGAGUGUUGCUUAACUGAAUCGGGGAAGAUAUGUAUGGAGAAAUUGAUAGAUAAGGCAAUAGCAGAACUACGUCAUGUAUUUUGCUUCACAAGCACAGCUAAUGAAUUCAAAGAAAAAAAGACUUGGCUGGAAGAAGAAAUAAAAACAAUGGAGCAACCUGCUAAAGUGGCAGCAGGAAAUGAUAAAGAUAUUGAAGCUGAUUAUCAUUUAUGGAAAGAGAAAGCGGAAAAGCUCGUUCAAGAGGACAUCCUAACAAAACAAAAAUGCUUUUUUGGAUUAUGUCCUAAUUGCAUAUGGCGAUAUAAAAAGGGAAAGGAGUUGGCAAAUAACAUACAAGACAUUAAACAAUUAACAGAAAAGAGAGGGACAUUUGAAAAUAUUGAAAUCUCUCGCCGUCUUCCGGAUGUUGAACGUUACUCAUCUAAAGAUUACAUUUCUUUUCCAAGUAGAGAUUCAAAAUACAAAGAGCUACUGGAUGCAUUAAAAAAUGACAACAAUUAUAUGAUCGUAUUGCAAGGGAUGGGGGGCACCGGAAAAACUACAUUGGCCAAAGAAGUGGGUAAAGAACUAAAGAAGUCUGAACAAUUCGCUCAUGUAAUCGAUACAACAGUCUCAUUUACUCCUGAUACAAAAAAAAUUCAAGAUGAUAUUGCUGGAUCUUUAGGAUUGGAAUGGGACGACUGUAAUGACUCAGACCGACCAAAAAAACUAUGGAGCAGAUUAACAACCGAUGAAAAAGUUCUUCUAAUAAUGGAUGAUGUGUGGGAUCAAGGCUCACCUCUUGAUUUUGAUCUAAUAGGAAUUCCAAAACAAGACAAUCACAAAGGUUGCAGAGUUCUUAUAACUACACGAAGUAAACAAAUAUUCAAUAUAAUGGGUUGUGAUAAGAUGAUUGAAUUGGAUAUCUUACCUGAAGAAGAAGCAUGGACCAUGUUCAAAAUGUAUGCAUGUAUAAUCGAUAAUUCUUCCAUAAGUUUGAUCGCCACGGGACGUGAAAUUGCUAAGGAGUGCAAACAAUUACCGGUUGCAAUUGCAGUUAUCGCCAGAAGUUUAAAGGGCCAACAAGAUCGUAAGCACAAGUGGGAUACUACCUUAAAAUUAUUGAAGGAAACUGUGUCCAUGGACAAUGUUGAUGAAGAAAAGGUUGGAAUUUAUAAAUGUUUGAAGUCUAGCUAUGAUGGUAUGAAGUAUGAAAAAGCCAAGGGAUUGUUUCUAUUAUCUUCAGUAUUCCCAGAAGAUAAAGAAAUCCCUAUUGAAAUUCUAACUAGACUUGGCAUUGGAACGGGCCUUUUUGGGAAGAAUUAUGGCAACUACAAUGAUGCUCAAAACCAAGAUGAUGCUGCCGCGUGGUGGAUUGAUUCUGGUGCCACAACACAUGUUUGCAAGGAUCGUUUCUGGUUCAAGACUCUUGUUCCAGUGGAAGAUGGUUCUGUCCUCUACAUGGGAGAUGAUCACUUCGCUCCCGUUGAAGGCAAAGGAAACGUGGUGCUAGAAUUCAGUUCUGGAAAGACUAUUACUUUGUUUAAUGUAUUGUAUGUUCCUAAAUUACGUAAGAAUUUAAUUUCUGGUCCUGUAUUAAACAAGCUUGGAUACAAGCAAGUGUGUGAAUCCGAUAAAUAUGUAUUAUCGAAGUCUGGUGUGUUUGUAGGAUUUGGAUAUUAUAAUAAUGAUAUGUUUAUGAUGAAUUUGAAUGGAGUUCCUAAUGAAUCUGGUUCUGUUUUUAUGUCCUCGUCAAAUGUUAUUAAUUUUUCGUUAUGGCAUGCUCGUCUAGGACAUGUACACUAUAAAAGAAUGCAUGAAAUGUCUAAAAAUGAUUUAAUUCCUAAUUUUAAUGGAAAUGUAGAAAAGUGUAAAACUUCGGCUCAAUGGAUAGCAUACAAAGAGAUUCGACAUGUUAAUUUAUCGAACAAAGAUGAAAAAUCAUCUGCUCAAAAGGAAAAAAAUAUGAAAUAUUUAUUUUGUGAAGGGAAGGACAUGGAUUUGUUUUCCUUGAAGUAUGAUGGUUCCAAGCUUGAGACUCUAAUUCUCGAUGUCGAAAUGGAUGAAGACCGUAAAUAUAUGGAAGCCCCAAAUUCUUUCUUUGAUAAUAUUGACCAUCUUCAAGUUUUGUACAUUUUAGGUCAUGACAAUCGAACCCUAUCAUUACCAUAUUCAAUUAGCUCAUUGGCAAAUAUCGUAUCUAUAUUGGUUGAUGGAGUUGAUUUAGGUGACAUCUCUAUUUUUGCAAAUCUGCAAAGUCUUGAGACUCUUGAUUUGGUUAAAUGCAAAAUCAAUGAAUUGCCUCGUGAAAUUGCAAAAUUGGGGAAACUUAAAUUGUUAAACUUGGAAAGGUGUGAAAUUACAAGGAAUGAUCCAUUUGAGGUUAUUGGAAGAUGCUCAACACUUGAAGAGUUGUACUUGAUAGAUAGUUUUAAUGAUUUUUGUCGAGAAAUAACCUUACCUGAGUUGAAAAUGUAUCAUAUCCAGAAAGGGCGGAGAAAGCUUCUUAACUCACUAUCAAAAUAUGUGUCUUUUGAUGCAGGUCGUGGUGAAUGUUUUUUUUCAAAAGACACAUUCAAGUAUUGCAUGCAUACAACAGAGGGUCUUGACUUAAAUGGAAUUAAGGAGGGAUGGAGAAAUCUCAUGCCUGAGAUUGUUCCUAUAGAUUCAGGUAUGAAAGAUCUUGUUGAGCUGCGUUUGAGUUCUAUCUCACAGUUACAGUGUCUCAUUGACUCUGUUGGUUCUCAAGUACCAAACAUAUUUCCCAAUUUGGUUGUACUAAAAGUGAGCACAAUGGAAAAUUUGGUAGAAUUGUUCAAUGGCUCCCUUUCUUUUGACUCUUUGAAAAAUUUAGAGAAGUUGUCGAUAAAGAAGUGUAAAAUGUUUCAAAGAUUGUUUAAUUGCAAGCUAAAUCUCUACAAUCUAAAGACCGUGACACUUUGUGAUUGCCCAAUGUUGGUAAACCUCUCUUCACUGUUAACUUCUCGGAACCUGAUGCUGCUAGAGAAAUUGAAAAUAGUUGAUUGUGAAGGAUUGACAAACAUAAUAAUAGAGGAGGGAUCAAAAGAACAUGAUAAUGGUAAGAAGAGUUCUGUCUCAAUGUUUCCAAAACUAAAAGUUGUUGAAAUUGAAGGAUGUCAGCUAUUAGAAUCAAUACUUCCCUUCCUCUCCUCUCAAGACCUUCCAAUACUUGAAGCUCUAAGAAUAAGAAGAUGUCAUAAGCUGGAAUAUAUAUUUGGCCAGUAUGUUGAACUGAGUUCACUCAAAGAAAUAGAUCUUUGUGAAUUACCAAAUUUUAUGGCCAUUUUUCCGAAAUCUUCCACUUCAAGAGAUGGUUUCAAGGAACAAACACAUGUGGACCCAGUCAAAUGCAACCUCUUCUCAUGGAGUUGUAAAUGUUGGCAUAUGUCAACUACUAAAGUCCCAUCGGUUCAUGAGGAUUCACUGCAGAAGAACUCAACACCAUCAGUAUCAAAUUCACAAUGUCUACAGCUAUGGGAACGUGCUCAAUGCCUUCCAGUACAAUCACACAUCAUGUGCAAUAUAAAAGAGAUUAAGCUAUCUGGUUUUUUGAAGAUAAAAUCUUUGUUUAUCUUUUCUAUUACUCCAGUAAUGUUGGUGGAAACUUUGACAAUUUCGAAAUGUGAUGAAUUGGAGUACAUAAUAGCAGACAUUGGAGAUGAUGAAAGAGGUGGCAAUAAUUGGGGAAAUGCCUUCCCAAAAUUGAAACAGCUUUACGUAUAUGAUUGCAUGCAAUUGAAAUACCUAUUUGGGCACUACACUAACGACCAUCCAAACCUUCAUCUUCCAGCAUUACAGUAUCUCAAACUUCGCAAUCUGCCAAGUUUAGUUGCCAUAUGUCCCAAACAAUAUUGCACACCAUUUCCACCCUUGGAACAACUUGACAUCUCAGAAUGCUGCCAGGUUGCUAUCAAAUCUAUUGGUGAAUUCAUUAUUAAUCAUUCAGAUUCAAAAUCUCUUGACAAUACAAUCAUCAAGGUAUCCCUUUUUCCAUAUAUCUUUCUUGUUUGCCAAAUUAUUCAAUGA